GGCCCUGCAGCCGCCGAGGGGGGCCGCUUCCCUCGCCGCUCGGGGGCUAUAUAACAGCGCCACGCCGCGCCAGGAACAUGCUCACUCUCAGGCGCCGAGCCGAGGAAGGGCACAGGUAGAGGCAGAGGCGGAAGAGGGGCUCUGAGCCAGGAGUCGGCGAGGAGGGCGCAAACUUGGGGGAAACUUGCCUGACUCGGCCCUCGGCCUCCCUCCUUGCUCCAGACCCAGGCAGGUGCCUUGAGGGGCGCAGGAAGUGGGGAGGAGGCUAGGGAAGUGGGAGGGAAGGAGGUCCUGCCCGGACUAUGCUCCCUGGAGGCGCCGCCUGAAGCCAGAGCAGCGGCGAGCGUCCCGAGUCCAUCCCGCGGCCAUGAACAUCCUGCUGGAGCUCUUCGUGGUGACCUUCCAGGUGCUGUGGGCGUUCGUGGCGGCGGCGGGGAGGUGGCUGCUCCGCCCGCGGGAGAAGAGCGUGGCCGGGCAGGUGUGCCUCAUCACGGGCGCCGGGAGCGGGCUGGGCCGCCUCUUCGCCCUCGAGUUCGCCCGCCGGCGCGCCCGCCUCGUCCUCUGGGACAUCAACGCGCCCGGCAACGAGGAGACCGCCGGCCUCGUCCGCUCCAUCUACCGCCAGGCCGCCGAGGAAGCCCUGGCCGCCGCCAGGAAAGCUGGCCAGGGUGAAGAGGAAGUACUACCGCACUACAACUUACAAGUUCACACCUACACUUGCGAUGUCAGCAAGAGGGAGAAUGUGUACACCACUGCUGAAAAAGUUCGCAAAGAGGUUGGCGAAGUCUCCGUCCUGGUUAACAACGCGGGGGUCGUUUCUGGCCACCAUCUUCUUGAAUGCCCCGAUGAGCUGAUUGAGAGGACCAUGAUGGUUAACUGCCAUGCACACUUCUGGACUACUAAAGCAUUCCUUCCCAAAAUGCUGGAAUUGAAUCAUGGGCACAUUGUUACUGUUGCAAGUUCCCUCGGUCUCUUCAGUACUGCUGGAGUGGAGGAUUAUUGUGCAAGUAAAUUUGGAGCUGUGGGUUUUCAUGAAUCUCUCAGCCAUGAACUGAAAGCAGCUGAAAAAGAUGGUAUUAAAACAACAUUGGUAUGUCCUUACCUUGUAGACACAGGAAUGUUCAGGGGCUGCAGAAUUCGAAAAGAAAUUGAGCCAUUCCUUCCACCUCUGAAACCAGAUUACUGUGUAAAGCAAGCUAUGAGAGCUAUACUGACAGACCAGCCUAUGAUUUGCACACCUCGUCUGAUGUAUAUGGUCACUUUCAUGAAAAGCAUCCUUCCUUUUGAAGCAGUUGUGUGCAUGUAUCGGUUUUUGGGAGCAGACAAGUGUAUGUACCCUUUCAUCGCCCAGCGAAAGCAAGCCACAAAUAACAAUGAAGCAAAAAAUGGGAUUUAAUCUUUUUCAAAGGACUGUUUGUAGCAUAAUUAUGAUAAAAACAUAUGACAAUUGUGAAAUGCACUUGCAUUUAGCAGAUGCAAUUGUUAACAUUUUACUGUGGCAUUCUCUUUUGAUCCUAUACAUGUAUAGUAAAUGGAAAAUCACUGUUUUUACAUACUGUAUAUAAGGUAACUAGAAUUCUUGGGAAACCAUGGCAAGAAAAGGAAAUUUAUAAAGUGUAGUGGUCACCUUUAUCUUUUUUGAAGUUUGCGCAAUGUACAGCGACAUGUUACUCUUUUUGUAUGUGUGGUAGAGAGAGAAACUCUGUGAGACUUAACUCCCGAGAUGCUCACUCAAGUAGAUGAUGGCAGCUGUGUCCACAAUUGUUAAUUUUCUUGUGGUAUUUUUGUGAGGUAAACAUUUUAAACAAAUGUGAUGUAACAGGGCUGUGUUUAAGGGUUCACUCAGCUUACACAGAACCAACAGAUUUUAAUGAAAUUCUCCUUUGGAACAGUUGCUUAUAUCGAAUGAUAAUUAAUUCAUAAUUAAUUAUCUCCAGAAGAAUGAAUAUUUUGGGAACUUUUCACAAUGGUUUAACAGGGCACUUCUGAGAACCUAUGGCUGUGCACAUCCAAUAUCAGUAACACUACAAUUUGAAAGCUCUGAUACUUACAUAUUUGGAAGACAAAAUCUAAAGUGCAACUGCAUAGGCUUCUAGAUUUUAUGGUUAAAAAUCCCAUGCACAUACAUUGUCCUCCACUUCUAUGUAAUGAGCUCUUGCCUAAAGUGCAAAGCAAUUCAUGAAAAAGAAAUAAACAUUGUGUUCUUGUGCCAGGUAAAUUGCAGACAAAAUUUAUGAUGAAUGCAGCUUGGACGUUGGAGUAUGGAAAGAGUAUGAAAACUUAACUUACAAAAAGACAAAAAAAACCAAACUUGUAUUGCAUUGUAGAAAAGAUGACAAAAUUUUUACAAUUUUUUGUAAGAACAAUUUUGUGCCUUGAAUUUGAUAAUAUGUAUUAGUGGAAUAUUGUAAAGAUGAAAUUCUACCUCUAUAUCUAAAUGUAUACCACCCACUUGUAAAUUUACUAUAAAAUGAAUCCUGUGGUGACUUUUUUUUAGAAUGUCAUGUUUAAUAGUGACCAACUUCUGUGGUUAUUAAAGUGAGCCACCUUAUUCCUUAAACUUCAA